CCGUGGACAAACCAAAGGGACGCAACCCGUGCUUCUCUUCCAUCAGCUGAUCUCGGACGGACAGUGUUCGGGGAGAAUCCCUAAUUAGCUCUCAGCAGAGGAGAUCGCUUCUAUCAAUGGCGGCUUCGAUCUUAGCUCGCAAGUCUCUCCAAGCUCUCCGCGCCCGGCAGCUCGCUGUGUCAGGGCAGGAAUUGCAGAGCUCGCAUCUUUAUGGUCUUCGGACCAGCACGCACUCAUUCUCUACUAAGAAAGAUGAUGAAGAAAGAGAGCAACUGACAAAGGAGAUCUCCAAGGACUGGAGCUCUGUUUUUGAGAGAAGCAUAAAUACCUUGUUUCUUACCGAGUUGGUUCGUGGCUUGAUGCUGACACUGAAGUACUUCUUCGAGCCAAAUGUUACUAUCAAUUAUCCAUUUGAGAAGGGCCCUUUGAGUCCUAGGUUUCGCGGUGAACAUGCCCUUCGAAGGUAUCCAACUGGGGAGGAGCGUUGCAUUGCCUGCAAACUUUGUGAAGCUAUAUGCCCAGCACAAGCAAUCACCAUAGAGGCAGAGGAGCGAGAAGAUGGGAGUCGCAGGACAACUAGAUACGAUAUUGACAUGACAAAGUGCAUCUACUGUGGAUUCUGCCAAGAAGCAUGCCCAGUUGAUGCCAUCGUUGAAGGCCCCAACUUUGAGUUCUCUACUGAAACUCACGAGGAGCUGCUUUACGACAAAGAGAAGCUCCUCGAGAAUGGAGACCGUUGGGAGUCAGAAAUCGCCGAGAAUCUAAGAUCUGAGAGCCUCUACCGCUGAAGCUUUUUGUCGGCUCAAGUGUUCCUCUUGAGUCACUUGAACUUCGAUAUGGAGAAUAAGAUCAGUCCUCUGUGGGUCUUGAGAAAAAUAUGGACUUGAUUUCCUUGAGUUGAGCUAAUUCUGUUGGACUAAUGUCGAUCAACCUGUGCUGUUAAUUAGUUGCAAAUGGGCGGAAAUUGAACAAUUUUUCCUGCUUGUACAUUGGGUUCUUGAGCAAUGGGAAACCUAUUAUUAUUUGGCUAACAUCUCAUUUGAUUGAGAUGUUGAAUUGGAGAAGACAUAAUUGAUGAAGUUUACUAUC